GUCAUGUUGUCGCUGAGCAAAAAGGCGGUCUGGGUGAUGACCAGUCUGCAGGCCGUCCUGACGGUCUUCUUCAACAGCUACAUCUUUCUGAUGAGUCUGUUGAACCACAGGCAGCAGAAGAAGUGGAGUCCCAGUGAAACCAUCAUCGUGGCGCUGUCACUCGCCGACAUGGUCCAUCAGAUCAUCUGCUACUUCUGGAUGACCAUGGACCAGGUGGACGUCAACUGCCGCCUCGCCCAGAUGGCCUACGCCGUCAUGCUGGUGCUGGUGUUCAGCUCCAAGUUCACCAUCAUGUGGGACACCGGCUUCCUCACGUUCUACUACAGCACCAAGCUGGUCAACGCGCCCAACCGCUGCUACACGCACGUGCAGGGCGCCAUCCUCAAGCACGUGACCCUGGCGGUGAUCCUCAUCCCGCUGUGCGGCCUGGGAACCUGCGUGCCGAUGCUGGUGGUGUUCCACUCGCAAAACUACACCGGGAAGAACCGGGACUGCGGGGUUCUGUUCCCCGACACGGCGUCGGGCCGGGGCUACGAGGUGCUCUACCUGCUGCUGUCCGACGUUCUGCCGGGGCUCCUCAUGAUGAAGUGCUGCAUCUCCAUCUCCGUGCACCUGGCCGUCCACCUCCGCAACAUGAAGGCCAGCACCAACGGCGCCCACGCCCCCAAGCUGGGCUCCCAGAUGAGGGUGAUCCAGAUGGCGCUGUGCCUGGUGGCCAUCUUCAUCAUCUUCCUGGUGGUCGACCUGUACGUGAACUACGAGAUCGUGGUGAACCACGAGAACGCCAUCGUGCUCACCUUCUUCUUCACGUCGGUCUACACCACGGUGGCCGCCACGGUGCUCAUCUACGGGAAAAAGACUCUCUGGAAGGCUCUGAUUCGUGAAGUCAACGUCUUCCUGGAUGGAUAUCCGUGUUUGUCUCGUCUGAAAGUCCCCGAACAAAAGACCAAACCCAGCAGUCCUGCGAAAGUUAAAACCUAA